AUGAUGGCUACUACUAAGCUCACCUGGCUCAUCACUGGCUGCUCCUCCGGCUUUGGCCUUUCCUUGGCCCGCGCCGCCCAGGCUGGCGGACACAAGGUCAUUGCGACCUCGCGCAAUCCAUUCCAGACACCCGUACUGGUUGCCGAGAUUGAGUCUAAGGGGGGCAAAUGGGUCCAGCUUGAUGUGGACAGUCGCGAGAGUGGCGAUAUCAUCACCGAGCUUGAAAGUCACGGUGACCAUAUUGACGUCCUGGUCAACAACGCCGGCUAUUCCAUCUACGCCCCCAUCGAGACUUUCGAUGAGGAUGAAGUGAGGACCCAGAUGGAGACCAUGUACUUUGGCCCCUUGCGUCUUAUCCGGGCUAUUCUGCCCCAUAUGCGCCAACGAAGAUCCGGGGUGAUAGUCAACAUGAGCAGCGGGGCUUCGCUUGACGGUAUUCCCACCAUGGGGGUGUAUGCGAGUGCAAAGGCUGGAUUGGACGCUCUCACCAAGAUCCUUGCUAAGGAGGUUGCCCCAUUCAACAUCCGCACUCUGACUGUCGUUCUCGGAACCUUCAACACCAACAUGCCCAACACGGUGGUUCUAGGCAAGAACCCACUGCCGGAUGACUAUAAUGGAACCUUCACCGAGCAGAUUCAGGGUCUUUUGGUCAGCGGGAAGAUCAAGCCAAACGGUGACAAGGACAAGGCAAUGGCGGCUGUGUACCAGGUUGUUACUGGCGAAGGAGUUGGCGAAGGUCGUCAAGCCGAGAAGCUUCUCCCUCUGGGAAGUGAUAUGACCCCUCGACUCGAAGGAGUUCAGGAAUAUCUCGGUCAUGCUUUGGAGGUGUUUUGCUCUGUGACCAACAGUGUGGAUGUCGAUAAAUAG